AUAUUUCUUAAUUCUGUGUUAUAUAUAUAGAUAGAAUCAGAGGAGUUCCAAAUGGUGUAAUUAAACUUUUAGUUUCGGUUCAGAAACGAAGAUCGUAACUUUACGUUAACGAUGGACCGAGAAGUGUGGGAGAAUUCCUUUGUAGAACAGUAUUACAAUCAAGCUCAUCGUAUCAUUCCAAAAGUAAAUCAAGAAGAUGAUCCUAAGUAUAAUGAAAAAAAAGAACUGAUUAAGGAAUGCCAAAAAAUUGUCGGAACUGAUCAUUCUGAGAAGCCACCAUUGAAUAUUGCUAUCAUUGGAUUACCUGGCGGAGGGAAAUCGUCGCUAUUAAACACCAUAUUUGCUAGUUUUAGUACAGAUCGUUGGAAAGAUGUAGUUCAAUUUGGAUCUUUUGGAACACUUGAUAAACAGUUCACAACACGAUUCAAAAGCUUCACCAAAGACGUUUACUACAAACCAACAGACACUUAUCUAAUGCCAACAUUUUUGGACAUGACUGGGUUUGAGGACGAAGACUCUGCAAACACUUUGGCGCUUCUCGAGUUGGUAUUUGCUGGUAGAAUAAGGGAAGAGGAAGAAUUGACAAGGGCAAAAAGCUCCGGAUUUAAUUAUUUCAUUCGAAAAGGAGUGUGCCAUCGUCCAGUUGAUCGGAUAAUUGUAGUCUGUACGUCAAAUCCUAAUGUCAAUUUACCAACGAACUUCUUCAAUGCUGUAUGGAAAGCGAAGACAAAACACAGGGAAAUACCUGUGUAUGGAGUUAUGACAUUUAGGGACAAAUACCCACCAGACAACGAACGGGUUAAAGUAAAAAUUGAAGAAUUUCGAAAACACCUGGCAUUACCGCAGUAUCGGUUUGCUCAUAUCAUAAAUUACUGCGAUGACAUCGAUAGCAAAGGGGUACAUAUAAACACAACUAUUCCAUCGCUUGAUGUACCAGUAUUACAUUUCAUAAAACAGGUCUUGAACCCACGUCAAGAUGAUCCAACUAGGAAAAUUGUCAGUACAUGUAAGAUGGACAUAUUGUCAAUGUUUGCAUUCAUAUUUGCUGUGCUGGCAUUUAUCUAUGUGCUUUUACUUUCGAAUAGUUAACUAUGAUCAUUGUGUAUACUACUCAUUUUAUAUUUGCAUUUGAAAUUUAAAACGAUGUAAACCUUUUAUCUCAUUUUAAUGGGAAUUUCGUAAUGUGAUAUAGAAGAAGAAGAAGAAGCUUUAUUUCCAUCAAAUGGGCUCACAAGGAGCAUAAUAUAAUAUUAUUAUAAUAUUAUUUUUACAAAUAUAAUAAACAAUACAGUAUACAUAGUUACAAACACAAAUAAGAAACAACAGUUUUCACAUAUCAAUAUAUAUAAUAAAUAAAUAAAUAAUUAUUUUA